UAAGAAUUAAGAGAUGUAGAAGAUGACUCUAAUAUGCUAGAGCAAGGGGAAAGAGAAAACUCAGAGAAUCUAAGCUUUUUGGUUUUUGGAAAUCAGAAUUUUGAACAGUUUGAGUUUACUUUAGGCAGCAGAAAAAUUGAAACAAGAAAUUAAUAGCCAAAAGAUGGAGUUAGAGCAAAUAAAAUAUACAGAAGAGAAAAAAGAGAAGUUAACUGGAGAAAGCAAAGAUAAUGAUGAACCCUUUACUCUUAAAAAGGAAGGAGAAAAUGUACUUGACAGUGAGAGAAUUCUGUCCAACUGGCUGAUAUUCCUCACAGAAGGAGAAACCCCCAGCAGACGCGCAUAUCAUAGCUCAUUUAUUUACCAAGAUCAUCUUUAUAUCCAUGGAGGGCAUGACAUCAGGGAGGGAACAAUGAGUUGUCUCUGGAGAAUAGACAUCAGUCAUAAAAAUAAAGAGCCAAAAUGGGAAAAAAUAGAAAAUUUCCCAAAUAAAAAUUCUCCAGGAAAAAUCGCCUAUCAUACCAUCACAGUAGUUGGAACUACAGCGUAUCUGAUUGGAGGAUCUUCACAAGGAGUAGACUCUAUGAUCGAUUACACUCUUGAUCUAGAAACAUUUAAUUGGACCAAAGUAAAAAGAGACAAAAAUUCCCCUAUAUCUAUCGACGAGCACUCUUCCACUCUGGUAGACAAUGAUAUUUACAUCUUUGGAGGGAAUGUAGCUGGGUUCAGAAGUGCAGAAAUGUACACAUUUAACAUCACUAAUUAUAAAUGGAAGCAUAUAAAACCUGACAACAAAGGACCAUGAGCAAGAUCAUCUCACUCUUGUGUGCAUUCAGAUGGGAAGCUUUAUAUUUAUGGAGGGAAAGAUGAAGAUACUAAUAAGCUCAAUGAUCUCUGGGAAUUUGACCUCAAAACUCAAACUUGGAAAGAGAUCACCAUCACCCAAGAUGUUCCUCUGUCAAGAAGUGGCCAUUCAGCAACUGUAUACAAAAAUUUCAUGAUCAUAUUUGGAGGAAUACACGAAUUAACUCAAGAGCUUAAUGAUUUAGAGGCUUUUGACUUAAAAUCUAAGAAAUGGUAUUCGGUAAUAGAGGAGAAAUGCUCGCCUACUCAUUCAAAUCUGUUAAACGGAGGCUUCUCUCCGGAUCGUAAGAGUAUUGCCAAUAUGGUUCCAUCCCCUUAUAACAAGACUAUUGCCAAUAAUCGUAGAGUCCAUACUCAAGAAGAUGAAGAAUCGAAGGGAAAAUCCUUCAUGCUUUCUGUUCAGAAAACAGCUUCCAGGAACCGUUCCAGACAGCAGAACCUGACCAUUUCCAAUUAUGGCAAGAACCUGACCUUGACUCAACUUGAGAAGAAAGUUAAGGAGAAAUAGAAGGGCUCAAGAGCAUAUUAGUGAAGAAACACUCCUUACUAGUCCAACUUCUCUAUCAAUGAAGAAUUCAUUCCUCAUAAAAACUGCUGGCAAAGCUUUCGAUAACUAUGCUCAUCAAGUCCAAAAGAGAAACAGAAAGAAGCACAGCUUUAACUUGAACUCCAACAAUCUUCCUGAUUACUCUGCUAGCUACAAUAAUUUGGGUUCAGGGCAAGCAUAUGAGAAGUCUAUGGGAAAGGUAGAAGCCUCUCUCCCCAAGCCUAGAGAUGGUCUCUCAGGAAACAUUUACAAUGACAGAUACCUCGUUAUAUUUGGAGGAGAUAGACAUCAUGUUCCAUUCAAUGAUCUGUACACACUAGAUCUUGCAAAAGAGAUGUAAUAUUCUCAAAGUGAGAAAGCCCUUAGAACUCAUAGAUAUUCGUUGUUUGGCUCAUAAAUCAUAUUUCAACGAU